AUGGCUCAACGACCGUUCGCUAUUAUUGCAGGGGUUGGUGCAGGAACCGGCGCUGCCGUCGCCAGACGAUUCGCAAAACAGUAUCCCGUUGCACUCUUGGCAAGGUCAUCUAAGUUUGCGAGCGAGCUGGUCUCGCAAAUCGAGGCUGAUGGAGGGAUCGCUGCCAGCUUCCAGGCCAAUGUCUCGGAUGAAGAGAGCAUGAACCUCGCCUUUGACGCGAUCAAGGAGAAGUUUGGAACCAAAUGUGCGGCCGCAAUCUUCAAUGCUAGCAGUCGUCCAUUUCCCAAGCCGUUCCUAUGGCAGUCUCAGGAUGACCUGGCUUAUGGCCUUGACAUCAGUUUAGGAAGCACAGAAUUUGUGCCCACACUGAUUUUUACUGGCGCAACGGCCUCCGUAAAAGCGAACGCUUGGAUGCAGCCAUUCACCGUCUCUAAACAUGCGCUGAGAGCACUGUCGCAGACUCUGUCUCGCGAAUUCGAACCGCAAGGGGUGCACGUUGCCCAUGUCAUUAUCGAUGGAGUUAUUCGAAUGCCGUUGACGAGAUUAUUAAAACUAUUUUCAGCUUGGGAUGCAAAGCUAGAUCCUGAUGCGAUCGCCGAGAGCUACUGGCAUCUUCAUGCGCAGAGCACUUAUUCCAUGACGUCGGAGAUUGCUAUUCGACCGUUUUGCGAGACUUGGUAG